CGAGGUAAGGUGACGUCUGCUGCUGCUGCUGCUGCUGCUCUCAGCUCCUCGACCAUGGGCAAGCUCUCUCAUACAAGCACCCUGCGGCAGUCACCCAUAGAGGAGUUCAUUCACCUCCAGCACAAGCAGCCAUUUAUGCUCAACAAACCCUCCAGGCCCAACGUGGCGCAGCACGCCUUCCUCUACCUGCAGUGGCUCAAGGUGGGCGUGGCUGUCCUUGGUCAACAGUGUCCAGAAGACAAGAGUUACAAUAAAAUAAUACAACUGUUUGGUGAAAGAUGGGCAGAAAGCAGCUGCCAGCCCCAACGCUUAGAACUGCUACAAAAGCAACAGUUAAAACACAGUCAUCAACAGGAACAAAAACUGCAGCAAGACAAUAGGCGAUUGUCAGUCUUGCAACACACACAGGCUGAUCGUGAAGUAAACGGGGGCGACUGCAGCCAUUCCUCCAAAUACUCCACAACACCUGCAAGAACAGAUUUAGGCUGUUGGACACAAAAUUUACCAACCUCACAGAACUAUAAGGACCACAAGACUGGUAUCAGUGAAGCUAGGAGGAAGUAUAAGCAGUUUGAGAAUUUAAAAAAGUUAUAUGAACUCUCUAAACGACAUCGUCAAUGGAAAAAACCUCACAAGACUCAUAACUAUUAUAAUGAUAAUGUAGAAUAUGACAGAAGUGGAUGGAUAAGGAGGCUGCAAAAUAAGGACCGUCUUGUGUCAGGUCAUGGUGUUGUUACCCAGAAUGAGGUGGAUAAAGUGAGCAAGCCUUCAACCUCACAAGUAGUGGCCUCGGCACGACACUCACACACGCUGCCAGAUAAGAUUCAUGUUGCAACAGAAGACAUAGGUGCCAGUAGACGCAGCAACAUUAAAACAGUAGAGAUCUACAGUAACCAUUCUCGCAGGACCAAUGUUAAAAGCUCAACACAUUUUAAAAGAGUGCAUGACAUUUACUUGGAAAAUAUAAACAAUAAUCAGAAAUGCUUGUCCUCACCAUACCUUACACUGGCUUCAUGCAAAAAUUACGGCGAUUACAAGAUUGGCUCAAGUUUCCAUUAUGAUAUUUUGGAUCCCAUGUGGUCUCACCAGAAAUGUACUGAUUCUGGCAGCAUGUCUCCAAAGAUCGUAGAGUCAAUAGUGAAAGACUCAAGUAUGUCUAGUGCUUGUCCCCAACAACUCGACAAUAAUUUUCAGAAGCAUGCUUAUCCCUGUUCACCUUAUGUUAAGAAAGAAUUAUUAACUGAUUCGGAUAAUUCUCCCCUUCAAGCUGUUUUGAAAAUGAACUUAUUUAGUUCACCAGCAAAAAGUAUUCCCAUCAUCUCUGAUGUUUCUAAAAGCCCUAUUUACGAAACCAAACAUUGUAAUUGUGGACCUACAGCCCCUCUUUCACCAUGGAAUACUUGGAGUUUACUUCCAAGAAGCCCUUCAUUUUUCUCUGCCACAGCAGCAGUAUUCAGUGGAAAAGCGUUGGUUAAUGAAAACACCGAGGGAGUGUUUAUGUCUCCAUGAUCACUACCAAGAGGCAUGGAAAUGUACACCACGGACUAGGCCUUAUGUGCUCUUAGGUGUCAUCAAAGAAACCUCAAGCUCAAAUUUUUCUUUUUAUACUGGGUAUGGUAACAUUACUUACGGAGAGCAGAACACCAAGAAAUCCAAUGUGUAAAGUGGAAGUAUGAACUAAGAUACAGUGUUUGUGAAUUACAAUUGACUGAUUGUACACAGGAAUUUGAUUUGCUGUGAUGGUUUGAAUGAGAAUUAGUAAUGAAAUAUUCGUAUACUGUAUAUAGAGUUAAAGUAAUAUCUGCACUGGAUCUAUUUAAUUUCAAGCAGGCAAUAUAGCACAGAUGAAUUAUUUUAUUUUUGCUGUUAUACUUGAUUGUAUUAAUUCUAUUAAGGAUUCAGUUCAUACUUAAUUCAUUGUGAUCAGUAUUUCACUUCUUUAUCAUUACUUUUAUUAUAUGUAUUAAUCAUUUGCGUGCUUGUCGGAGUAAUUAGUGCGUAGCCGAAUACAGUAUAGCGUUUCCAUACGAUUAAUUCAUAUAGGUAGGAAAUUUGAUUUUUCUUAUAAUAUUUCUUCAUAGUUGUUCUCGAUGUGUUUAUCUGGCUGUAAUGUUGAGGCCUUCAGUAUUAUACUGUAUUUUGAGGAUAGUUGGAAGCACACAAAGUAAUAUGGAACCUGAACAUUGCUUCUGGUCACAUUCAGAUAAUCACGUAAGGUCUGUGUGCUCUUAUCAUUUAUUAAUUUGUCUUGCUUACAUGUGAUUGAAACAAAUUUAUAAGUUUGCAUUUAAUUCAUUUCGUGUUUAUUUUUAUACAAUUAAUUGGUAAGAAAAAUUGCCCGAAUUAAGGCAAAUUUUGUUUUAUAGUAAUUUCAUGUCAUUUCGUAAUUCAGUGAUUACCCUAUGUAACAAUAUUUUUUCUUUUGGUCCCUGGGUAGUAUUAUCUCCUAAUUACUUAUGCCUCCGAAGUAUAGAUAAAUUGCUAUUAUUUUCCUCAAACUUUGCUUUGACUUGCCGUAGAGAGCUUAGGGAAGACGUCUUGAAGGUAAAGAAGGUCAUCGAGUCCUAUUGUGGAACUGCGACAAUUUGUUGCAGCUCAAGAUAAGACGUCAACAGCCUUCAAGUAACUCUCAAGACAUCUUUGUAAGCUCUCUAAGGCUAAGUCUAAGUAAAGUUUGAUGCGAAUAAUAGCCAUUUUCAUAACUUGAUUUAUUUAUAUAUAUAUUUUUUAAUAUAUACAAGAGUUCUUACAUUCUUGUACAGCCACUAGCACGCAUAGUGUUUCGGGCAAGUCCUUAAUCCUAAUUUUCCCCGUAAUACGACUUACCACGGCAUGGGGAAUAUACUUUGGAGGCAUAAUUAAUUAGGAUAUAACACUUACUACCUAGGUAUAAAAAUUGUGUUAAUAGCUACAAGGAUCUUUUUUUGUUAUCCACACAUUUUUUUAAUUAAAUUAGUAUCCCUGCAAUGAUUACAUAGUCUUCGAAAAAAAUCUCUUUCUCGUACACACACACACACACACACACACACAC